AUGACUUCCAUUGCAGAGGGACUAUUCAAAUCAUUACCGAAACCAAAAUACACAGGUGAAGAGGAGGAGCUGCCACAACAUGCCCAGCGAGGACCGCGCAUAGUCGGGCCGGGCCAGCUUGAUGAGACACAGAUUGUUCUCCGCAGGACCGGUCCCCCUCCAUACGGCAACCGAGCAGGAUGGCGUCCCAGAGCGCCCGAAGAUUUCGGCGACGGUGGCGCGUUCCCCGAGAUCCUCGUCGCGCAGUAUCCCCUCGAUAUGGGCCGGAAGGGCACACCGUCAACAUCAAACGCGCUCGCCGUGCAAGUCGAUGCGGAGGGAAAGGUCAAAUACGACGCUAUCGCGCGCCGCGGACACAGCGAUGACCGGAUCGUACACGCUUCAUUCAAGGAUUUGAUCCCGCUUCGGCAGAGGGUGGACAUGGGCGAGGUAUCGCUGGACAGGCCGUCAGAGGAAGAAGUCGAGGCGCAGAUGGAGAAGACGAAGAACGCGCUUGCGAGUCUUGUAUCGGGAGCUGUCGCUGCGCAGAAGCCGAAGAACGUGAAGGGGGGCAGUCGGGCCGAGCCUACGUUUGUGCGGUACACACCGGCCAACCAGAUGGGUGACACGAGUCGGAAGAAUGAUCGCAUUAUGAAGAUUGUGGAGCGCCAACAGGAUCCCAUGGAGCCGCCGAAGUUCAAGCACAAGAAGAUUCCUCGUGGACCGCCAUCGCCGCCUCCGCCAAUUAUGCACUCGCCGCCGCGCAAACUUACAGCAGAGGACCAGGAAGCUUGGAAGAUCCCGCCGCCUGUGUCGAAUUGGAAGAAUCCUAAGGGUUACACGGUGCCGUUGGACAAGCGAUUGGCAGCUGAUGGACGAGGUCUACAGGAUGUUUCCAUUAAUGACAAGUUUGCGCAGUUUGCAGAGGCGCUGUUUACGGCAGAUCGACAUGCUCGUGAGGAAGUCCGCCUCCGAGCCCAGAUGCAACAGAAACUAGCAGAAAAGGAGAAGGCACAAAAGGAAGAGCACCUCCGCGCUCUAGCCCAAAAAGCCCGCGAGGAACGAACCAGAGGCCAAGCGUCCCGUGCCUCUCGCUCCCCCAGCCGCGAUCGCAGCCGCAGCCGCAGCUACUCCGACGCCUCAGUUCGAUCCCGCACCCCCGAUGAAGACGAAGAAGCCGCACGAGAGCGCGAACGCAUCCGUCGCGAGCGCCGCCAAGACGCAGAACGCCAGCUUCGUCAAUCACGCAUGGGAACCGAGCGCCGCAUCCAGGCAAUGGCGCGCGAGCAGAACCGUGACAUUUCAGAAAAGGUAGCCCUCGGUCUCGCAAAGCCGACACAAUCUUCCGAGACGAUGUGGGAUUCCCGCCUCUUCAACCAGACCAGCGGAAUGAGCACUGGAUUCAACGAAGACAACCCGUACGACAAGCCGCUGUUUGCCGCGCAGGACGCCAUAAACAGCAUCUACCGCCCCAAGCCGCAGGCCGACUUUGACGACGAGGCCGACGCAGAGGGUGAGAUGAGUAAGCUUCAGAAGUCGAAUCGGUUUGAGGUCCUUGGGAGAGCAAAGGAGGGAUUCAGGGGUGCUGCAGAUGCAGAGGAACGAAGUGGCCCCGUCCAAUUCGAGAAGGAUACAGCCGAUCCCUUCGGCAUUGACAGCAUGAUUGCAGACGUUACUGGCGGUGCUGGUGGAGCAGGGCAAAAACGUUACGGUAUCCAGGAAGCCGAGCCUGAAAGCCGGGGGUCGAAACGAGCAAGGGUGGAUGAGGAGGAUUAA